AUAUACAUAUAUAUAUAUCGUACAUCAAUUCGAAAUUCUCCACACACAGUCUAAACUUGACUGAAAUUAUGUUACGCAACAAAUUCUUAUUUGUCGCACUUCAACUAUUCAUUCAAUUAUUAUUCAAUUUGAUUUAUUAUGUUCAAUGUGGCGGUGAAGAAGAGACAAGCACUGUUCCAGCGUAUACAGUUGCAAUAGGACUUGCUAUAUGUAUCAUUCAUAGUUUCGUUUCAAAAAUGAUGUAAUCAACUUUGUUUCUUUUUUGAAGACAAUAUAUACAUAUAUAUAUAUAUAUGUGUUUAAUCAAAUAUAUUAUAGAUUUGGUAAAUUGU